AUGCCUCUUAGUAGUGGUUACAGCCCUUCCUCCGAAACGUUUCUAUUGGCGUUCAGCUUCAACCACCCUCACGUUCCUCCGGGCGCAUACGGCAGCAUCGCAAUCAGCCGAUCUGCCUCGCCGACGGCACCGCUUGACGAUCAAUCCUCGACUACAGCGAGUGCGGUCCUCUCCAUCUGGUCACGUUGGGUGGGCAGCGCGGGCAUACUGGCGGACUACGAGCUCCCCUUUCAAAUAAGGAGCUCCAGGGGCUACGGCGAGGCCGACCAUCCAGAGCAUCGGCGGGGCAAGAGGCGAUGGCGGCAGAGAGGAAGGGAAGACGUUCCUGCAGAUGCGCUGGUGUUGCCAUUGCUGGUCAUCACGUUCUCCUGCGCCAUGGCUGAUGCGGGGACUCUGGUCGCAUACCAGACGUUCGCUACUAGCAUGACUGGGAACACCGUACUCCUCGCUAUCGCAGCCUUCGGUCUGUCACCCAAACGACCUAUCUAUGCCGCCGCCUCCUUGUCAUCGUUUAUCGGGGCGGGGCUCAUAUUUGGGCAACUGGGCGGCAUGAUAGGACACAGACAUCGAUCCUGGCUCCUCUUCAGUCUCACCGUCCAGAUCGCGCUCCUCUUCCUCGCUACGUGGACCGUCUCCCCCCUCGGCUGGCCCAGUCUGCGAUACGGCGGCAGAUCAGACUGGGUGUACCUCCUCCUCAUAGGCCUGCAGGGAGGCCCGCAAGUCACGCUCGCUACCAACUCUGGCGUCCGAGAACUCCCCACGGCAAUGAUGACCACCCCUUACGCGGCCUUCAUAUCCGACCCGUCUCUCUUCUCCUUCCCAUCGACCGCACUCUCCGAAUCGGCGGACGUUAUCUCCCGGAAUCGACGGUUCCUAUAUAUUGUCUUCUUCUGGGCGGGGGCGUUCGCCGGCGGGGCGCUCAUGAAACGGAGUAGUCUGUGGGCGUUGACGGGUGUGGUGGGUGCGCUGAAGGCCUUUGCGGCGCUGCUGGUAUGGGUGUCGAAGGCUGAGGAGGCGCUUGAAGAGGCAGGUCCACCGGCUCGGCAUGGUCGAAGAUUAGGGGUCGAGGAGGAGGCAGUGGGCGAGAUGGAGACGGAGACUGAAGGGAGUGCGCUCAUUAUCGAGCGUGGACAAAAGACGCGGACCUCAUCGAUCUUCGGCUCGCUGUCAAGACAAAAGCCAAGAGAUGAGCAUAGCAUCGCCAUGUAG